AUGUGGAAGCUCCAUUAUUACAUUGAAUGUGAAAAUGUUGUGCCGGAUAAGUCACUCUUGUUAUGUGUAUAUCCCGCAUGGUUAAAGGAGAAGAAUUUAAGCAACCCUUGGCUUCAGACUCUGGUGUUAGAAAACGGCGCAACUGCCUUGAAAUUUGCAGAAACAUAUGGUAUAGUUUAUUCUGAUUAUAUUUCUGACGAAACAACCACAAUUGACGAUGCAGCACGUAAAAAUUUAUCGCAAAGAAAGCUUACUGAGACCAAAACUGGAAAGUCUUGGCAACUAAUAGACAACAAUGGAGCACCAACUCUAAAAGAGGCCGAUCUUAAUAUUUCCAAUGAUCAAAUUAUGAUAAAGAACGCAACCAAAAAACAAAUUAUCACUGGCUUGACAAUUGUUACGUAUUUGCCUUUAUACCGUAAGUCAAUCAGGCCUGACGACAAAGAUACACAUCUAUUAUCGGAAAAAUUCCAAAUAGCUACCUCUAAAUAUGAAACCGCUGAUGAGGGAGAUCCAUUCGUACUUCGACCACGUGUAAAAGUUUACUUCGGCACAAUGUGGGAAUUACAUGAUCAAGAUGGCGAACCGAGAUUAGAACUUUUCCCCGACGGAGGUGUAAAACAAAAUAGUCUCAUUAUUAAAAAUUCUUCAAGAGGUAAAGUGGCACUCGGUUUAUUUAUUGAUGAUAUUAUUGCUGUGAUAAGAAGAAACGUAUGGGUCGAUACGCGUGCAUCCUUUUCCCUAUUGGAAACUUCGUCAUUUUAUGUUGGCAUUUCCGAUCCACAAUUGGAAAGUGAACCAAUUGAUGGAAAUAUGCUAAAAAACAAAAUUUCUGUUAAAUUUGAUAACGGUCUUAACUAUGUCACAGUUACAUUAUCUCCUUCACCUUUUGAGGAGAAUCCCCCUCAACUUGAAGCUAAAUGUAGUUUCAAAAACAAGUUGUAA